CCGGCACCGGGACACCCGGCGACAACCGGGACAGCGCCAUGGGGCCGCAGGGCCGCCAGCACCCCUGGCUGCACCCCUGGGGGCUGCUGCACCCCUGGGUGCUGCUGCUGCUGCUGCCGCUGCCCCUGCGAGCCGCGGCCGCCGCUCGCCCCAACUUCGUGCUGGUGCUGGCGGACGAUCUGGGCUACGGGGACCUGGGUAGCUACGGGCACCCUUCGUCCGCCACACCGAACCUGGACUGGCUGGCGGCCCGCGGGCUGCGCUUCACCGAUUUCUACAGCGGCGCCGCCGUCUGCAGCCCGUCCCGGGCCGCGCUGCUGACCGGCCGCCUCCCGGUGCGCUCCGGGAUUUAUCCCGGGGUGUUCGAUCCGGGCUCCCGGGGGGGGCUCCCCCUGGCCGAGGUCACCGUGGCCGAGGUGCUGAAGGCUCAGGGCUACGCCACGGCCAUGGUUGGCAAGUGGCACCUGGGUUAUGGCAUCAACGGCUCCUUCCUGCCCGUGCACCAGGGCUUCGAUCACUUCCUGGGGGUGCCCUACUCCCAUGACCAGGGUCCGUGCCAGAACCUGACCUGCUUCCCUCCGGACACCAAAUGUUUCGGGACGUGCGACCAGGGCGUGGUGCCGCUGCCGCUGCUCUGGAACCUCAGCAUCAUCCAGCAGCCCGUCUCCUUCCCCGAGCUCGUGCCCCUCUACAACAAAUUCUCCCGGGAUUUCAUCGCCGACUGCGCCCGCCACCGCCGGCCCUUCCUGCUCUACUACGCUUCCCAUCACACGCACUACCCGCAGUUUUCCAGCCGGGAAUUCGCGGGGCGGACGCGGCGCGGGCCCUUCGGGGACGCGCUGGCCGAGUUCGAUGACUCCGUGGGGCAGCUGCUGCAGGCGCUGCGGGACAACGGCCUGGAGAGCUCCACGCUGCUGUUCUUCACCUCCGACAACGGCCCCUCCACGCUGCGCAUGGCCCGCGGGGGCAGCGCCGGCCACCUCAGGUGUGGCAAGGGCACGACCUACGAGGGUGGCAUGAGGGAGCCGGCCAUGGCCUACUGGCCGGGCAGGAUCGCGCCAGGUGUGACCCACGAGCUGGCGAGUGCCCUGGACGUGCUGCCCACCCUGAGCGCCCUGGCUGGCGCUGCCCUGCCCAAGGUGGCCCUGGACGGAUUCGACCUGAGCCCGCUGCUCUUCGGGGAGGGGAAGAGCCCCCGCCAGGCCGUGUUCUUCUACCCUCCAUCCCCGGACCCCCUGCACGGCCCCUUCGCCGUCCGCCUGGGCAAGUACAAGGCUCAUUUCUUCACCCAAG